AUGGCCGCAAAUCAACCCGCCAUGGCCAUAAACGAGAUCCUCGCCAGGAAGCCCCAGGGCUACCACAGGCUUGCAAAUGUGAUGAGCAAGGACGCUGGCUUUGCUAUCUUCCGGAAUUUCAACGAAAUAAACAUCAUAAAUCUGCUCAGUUUGCAGGCUGAGAUAAAUGACUUGCGAAACAAGUUCGAAUUCCUUCACCGUUUGGAUGAUGCGUCGAGUAAUACCACAAGACAACAAUUUUCAAAACGCUUGUUGCUGUUGCAGCGAUCUAAAGGUGACGAGGGCCAGCAGCAUGAUCUUCUCCUGCAGUUACGCAAGAAGAUGAAAGACUAUAUUAACACUAUAAACUCAAUAGCAAGGCCGCGGAAGUCCCAUCUUGCCCUUCUCCAAGACUGGCUUCAAGAUUCUAAAGGAGGUGAUAACUUUCAGAAAGGCACCGAAAAUCAGUUAUGGGACGAGCCAGAUCCCUCCGCCUACCUGACGCUUUGGGCACCAACAGGCGAAAUGGAUAUAUUUUCGCGGGGAAUCACUCGUCUUGCCGUGGGUAUCUUCCAUCGCACAUGGGGCGAGAAACACGGACUUGGCAAGAUUGUUGAUGAGGAGAGCGGGUUGAUUUCAUAUGAUGACUCGAGAGUCAAUAUGGCGAGCACAGUUCUUGCAACUUUCCCGCUCGCCAUCCCGUUCGAGCUGCUCAUGCGACGAGUAGCUCCAGGUCCGGUUAAAACUGAUAUCGUCCUGGACAUGCAAGAGCUCCAAGAGAUUGCUGAGCGCAUCUGGGCAGUGUAA